GAAUGGACUUUUUGAUGCAUAAUGUCGUCUUUAUUUCAACAAUAAUAUUUUUAACACUUUUAUUAAAUAAUCAAAGCUAUUGUAAAAGUGGAGUUCACUCAAAAAAUUAUGUUCUUGCAAAACUAAAGAAUAAAACAAACUUUCUGUUAGAACUUCAGACGCAUGGUGUUAAACUUGAUAAAAAGACAAGAAAUAGACCGGAGAAGAAGAAAGAAGAAGUUUCUCAAGUUUCCGGGUCUGAUUACAGUUUUGACGACGGGGAUGAUGAAACUGAAGACAAUGAUGAUUACGAUCGUAAUAAAGAGGAAAAUGGGGACAAAGAUAAUGACGAUGGUAACGAGGAGAGGGAAAAAGAUGAUGAGGAAGGAGAUAAUAAAGUAGAUCAAGAAGACAAAGAAGGAGAAAAUAAAGAAGAUAAAGAAGGUAAAGAAGAUAACGAAGAUGGAGAAGAUAAAGAAGAUGUUGAAAUUGAAAAUGAUGGAAGAGAACUCAGCUAUGAUGUGGAUUUUGGAAAUCCAGCGGACAACAUGGAAAGGGACGAAUACUAUUUCCUGUUUGGAAGAACAGAUUUAGAUUUCGGAAACCUUAAAAAAGACUACGAUGAUCUGCCUAAAUGUAGUGGAUAUUGUGGUUGUUUUAAAUAUCCCGAAAAUUGUAAAGAAGAGGAAGAGUGUGAGUAUUCUGUUACCUGGAAACGAAAGAAAGGUGGAAUACAGUUUACUAUUGCUACAAAAGGAUGGUCGGAAAGAUGGUUUGGAAUUGGGCUUGGUUACCGUUCAAGUCAUUUGCAGGAGAAAGUACGUCUUGUCACUGGAGUAGAUAUAAUUUCUGGACCAGGGGUGGUUACAGCUCUUGUCGAACCUAAAUUCCUCUACACUGGACAAAAUUAUAAACAAGCAAAAGUUAAACCCAUAAAAAAUAGAGAAGAGUUCUUCAACGGCGAUGACGCGGAAUUAUUGUAUGAUCGGAACGCAGCCCACGAUAUUAAGACCAUGUCAAUAAGGUUUACAAUUGCACUGGAUUCAAUAGGACCAGGUGGCAAGGCCAGAAUUCAUUAUCUCUUCCCAAACCCAGGAUUUGAAGCGAAAAAGGAUAUAUCUGAGAUAUAUUUGAAUCCUCCGGAGAAAAAGCCCUGGACCUACAGAACAAGAUUUGAUUUCAGAUUUGAUUUCAAUAGAUGCUGAGAAUGUGUUCUGAUCAUAACUUCUUUAUUAAAUGUACAUCCAAUUUGUAAAAAUAUCACAAUUUUUUUAUCGAAAUAUAAUAAAUAUAAAAUUAAUAUUAA